CAGAAUCAACCUUUAUAAUUUUUGAACACUCUCUUUUCUGUCUCAUUUCACUGCCCGGAGCUUCAGUUUCUCGGCGUCCAGAAUCCAAUAUUUGCAUUCGGUAAUCUGUUUCUGUUGAAAGUUCUAGUCUCAUCUCUCAAUGGGGGACAGCCAAUACUCGUUCUCUCUCACUACUUUCAGCCCUUCUGGUAAGCUGGUACAGAUUGAGCAUGCUCUAACUGCUGUUGGAUCUGGGCAGACUUCUCUUGGUAUUAAGGCUGCUAAUGGUGUUGUUAUUGCUACUGAGAAGAAACUUCCUUCAAUUCUUGUGGAUGAAGCAUCUGUUCAAAAAAUUCAACUUUUGACGCCUAACAUUGGAGUUGUGUAUAGUGGCAUGGGCCCUGAUUCUCGUGUAUUAGUCCGUAAAAGCAGGAAGCAGGCCGAGCAAUACUAUAAAUUAUAUAAGGAACAAAUCCCUGUUACACAACUUGUUAGGGAAACUGCCGCUGUCAUGCAAGAAUUCACACAAUCUGGUGGAGUGAGGCCUUUUGGGGUAUCUCUUCUGGUUGCUGGAUUUGAUGAAAAUGGUCCACAGUUGUACCAGGUGGAUCCCUCUGGCUCAUAUUUCUCAUGGAAGGCUUCAGCAAUGGGUAAGAAUGUCUCCAAUGCAAAGACUUUUCUUGAGAAAAGGUAUACUGAUGAUAUGGAACUCGAUGAUGCUGUUCACACUGCUAUCUUGACGCUGAAAGAAGGUUUUGAGGGCCAAAUAUCCGGGAAGAAUAUUGAGAUUGGAAUCAUCGGCACUGACAGAAAGUUCAGAGUUCUAACACCAGCAGAAAUUGAUGACUACUUGGCUGAAGUCGAAUAGAGAGAGUAUUAUCAAGUGGAUUGUCAUAGCAUAGUUGUUCAGUUCUUCCUGCUUGGUGUUCUAUGAGUACCUUUGGCCCUUAACUUUUCGACAUAGAAUUGGUACUUUCUUCGAAACAUUGUACGCAAACCUUUGAUGUAAAACUUUGUUUUGAUGAAAAGAUUGUUAAUUUAUGAAUGAUUCUCUUAUUUUUGGUACUCAUUUGAAAUCAAAUUCCAGAAUCAGAA